GUGGGGUAUGAGUGUGUGUAGGUGUUUGAGGUGUAAGAGAGUAAGGUGAUGGUAAGAUAAAGGAGAAGGAAUGAGACGGAAUUGAAAGACAGAGAAACAGGAUAUGCGAGGUACAGGUGUACGAGAAGGAGGGAAGAUACGAGCGAAGACGGAAGGAACUGAAUAUAGCGGAAGUGUGAGAGGUAAGGAGUGAAAGGGACGGGAGAUUAAAAAAGAUGGCGAAAGUGUGUGCGCGUGGUAUUACAAAUAUUUUGUGAAGAAUUACUCAAAAAAUAUAUUGUGUGUGCAUUUUGUGGUAAAACUUUAAAAAUAAACAGUGGGAAUUGGGCUUGAGUGUUUUUCUCCGCUCCCUCCCACAUUUUUGGGGGCUCGUCCAACGGAAAACGGAUUUCAACCACGCGGUGCGACACAUUCAAGACUAACGACGCGACAUGCCACGCGGUAUGGCCACGACGACAAAGGAGAAGACGAAAUAUGAAGACGAUUACGACGGCGAUGGCAGCGGCGAUGCUCUGCUACAACUUUCAUACGGCGUUAUCCCUAAUUUCGACGGGGUUGACAAAAUAUACCCAGUGACCAAAUGGGUACAAGACGUUGAAGACCACGCGGAGAUAUGCGAGUGGAGUCCUCUACAAACACUCCUCUUCGCCAGGCGAUCUCUAACAGGAACGGCAGCGUUAUGGUUACGCUCCGAAAGCACGUUCAGAAGCUGGAACGAAUUAAAGACUGCCAUAACGAAGGAAUUUCCAGACGUGAUGGACCAGAAGACGGCACACGAAGUUAUGUCUGCACGCAAAAAACGUGUAGAUGAGUCGUAUCUGGAAUAUGUUUUCAUCAUGCGUGAACUCGGUAAACGCGGAAGAAUGCCGGAUUAUGUAGCUAUCAAAUAUAUAAUCGAAGGCAUACAAGACUUGGAAACAAAUAAGCUUAUGCUAUAUGGUAUCACUACCUACUCGGAAUUAAAGGAAAAACUCAAGAUUUAUGAACAAUAUAAAGAAAACAUCAAGAAACAACGAAAAGAAAAAACGACGUCAUUUAUCAAGACCGACAGAUAUCAACAUUGUCAAGCGCAAAAAGUAAGAUGUUACAGCUGUGGAAAAUAUAAUCAUUUAUCAGAACAAUGUCCGUAUCGCCAGCAAGGUGUUAAGUGCUUCAGAUGUAAUAAGUUCGGUCAUAUUGCUCCAGAGUGCCCAGAAAACAAAAUGGAGGCGAAGACAUCAUUGCCAACAACAGGAAUUCAUUCAUCGGAGAGAGAAAAACCGCAUACGACGACUUAUCAAACAUCGGAUAACUUCGGCAAACAUCGGCCGCAUGAAGAUUGGCGAAAACGUCCGAGACAGCCACUGAAGCAAAGUUACUUCAAUUUGCAGUAUGAGGGCGCUGCUUCCAACGAGGACACUCACGAAGUUCAACACGAUUCAACAUACACGAUUCAUUCCGAGAUUCAUUCAUCAGAAUACAAAACGAAGAUAGAAACAGAUGGUCAAAUAUCGACCAAUGAAGUUAGCAGCCCAAUGUUACUCAAGGUCAAGUCACAGAUAACAGGUUAUGACGGAAAAAAUGGCGAUUCCACCGGAACAAAUGUAAACAAACACGAUUUACACGAUAAUAUGAAGAAAAAGUUGUUGAAGACAAUUGAAAUUCAAGGAAAAUGUUAUGAAAACUGUCUUGUGGAUAGCGGAAGCGAUAUAAAUAUAAUCAGUGAAGAGAUUAGUGCGGGAUUUUCGACCGGAAAGCGGAUAAAUACAAGUUUAACAUUAUCAGGACUUGGAAACUACAAAGUGAAGGCAAACAGCGCAAUUACAUGUGAAAUUAUCAUAGAUGGAAGAAAAUACUACAACGUAAAGUUCUACGAAGUGACAAAAGAGUGCAUGCCAUUCGAAAUCAUACUAGGAAAUGACUUUUUAAGGACAGUAACUACAGUUAUAAAUAGGUGCUCAGUGUGGUUUAUGCCGAAAGAUGAAGAGUGGAUGUGUAGUUUGUUGUGUAAAGAGAAUGAGGAUGAGGUGAAUAAUCUUUGUUCCACAGGUCACAUCAAGAACACCGAGGUAAGAAAAGAAGUCCAGCAGUUAGUGCAAAACUACCAACCACAUCAGAUCUACGAGUCACCUAUCAAGAUGAAGAUUGUGCUCAAAGACGAAGUUCCAGUAGUUCAACGGCCACGACGGUUAUCUCUGAAGGAACAACAAGAAGUAGAAGAUCAGGUAAAUGAGUGGAAAAGAAGUGGAAUAGUACAGCAAAAGAUGAAGAGGAGGGUUUGCAAAGACUACAGAUGACACUUCAGACGGCAGCCAAUUAUGGAUUGCAAAUAAAUUGGAAAAAAGCUAGCCUACUUAUGACGAACAUCAACUUCCUGGGACACAGAAUUGAAAAUGGAGAAGUGAGACCAUCACAGGACAAAAUAGAAGCUGUGGCCAAGUUCCCAGAGCCUAAGACACUCAAACAAUUACAUAGCUUUGUGGGCCUAGCAUCAUAUUUCAGG